AUGGGGAUUUACCUCUUCUUCCUCGCCUCAAACCUGCUCUACAUAACAUGUCUCUCAAAAAGUAUACUAUGGAGCAACGAAACGCAUCCCGCAUCGUCGUGGAUCGUUAGCAGCCCUGGCCACCCAGCCACUAACGUCAGGUCCCGCGCUGGAUCACAGCCGGCACUCGACGCCGAGCGCCUCAGGGCACUAGCAGCCGACUACCGGUCGCGCGCCUCGCGCACCCUCCUCCGCUGGCUGUGGUGGAACCGCUCCGGGCCCGACAGCUACCGCGCCUGCACAUGGGGCUGCACGAUCCUCCGCACCGCCUACACCACCACCGACGUCGCCUUCCAGACCGCGGUCGACGCACUGUACCGCUACAUGCGCGCCGUCGCCGACGCCGAGAUUCGCUCCGGCGUCCCGCUACUGUACCUCGUCGAUCCACGGCCUUCCGAGGAGUUUUACGUCAACCGCUUCAUCAACGACGUGUUGCAGGACAGGGAGCGGCUCGAGAACGCUACCGUGGCGGAGGCGUGCGCGUAUUUCCGCCGGUGGGCGCUCUAUUGCUGCUGGUACGGGUCAGAGGAGCGCUACUUCUCCUCCGCGGUCGGGCCGAGGCUCAAGACGGCGAUUCUGUUUGACGACGAAACGGCCGCGCAGCUGCAGGGUGUAGCGAAACGCCGAUUCUUCAAGGGCGAGCUCAACUGCGUUACGGUCAGAAGCGAGCACUGCGUCAUGCUGGUGGAAGUGGAGCCCAAGGGGCGUGGCGGGCCGGGGAUGGACCAGGGCGUGACCGACUGUUUUCGGGUGAGGCUAGUUCACCUGCUGCGGUGUUGGUUUGAUCGGGACAGGAAGGAUCCCGCGUACAUGCUCUGGGAAGUGGAUGAGCGGUCUUCUGUCGAGUGGUUCUUUACAGACGGCACCCUUUCUGAGCCUGGGAAAGAGACGUUGCUCUACGACAGACUAUCCACCGAGAUGAACGCAGAAAGCAACGGAAUCACUCCAAGCUUUCAAUUCUUCGCCACGUUCAUAUGGUCCAGCAGCUGA